UGCGCAUGCUCCUGACAAAGAAACUGCUGCACAGACUCUUGAACUACCUUUAUUGUUUACUUUUAGAUUGCGUUAAAUUUAAAGUCGUACACUUAUGAUGAUCGCCAUCGAUGGAGCGAAGAACGGAUAUAAACAACUCUAGGCAGUAAACUCCUGAAUAAUGCGGUGGUAGUUGUUGAAAUCAAAAGUGAAAGUGCUGUGGUGCACUCAGCAGUUAUUUGAUAUUCAUCUAAUUUUAAUUUACAAAAAAACUGGGAACACUGGCACUAUGGUGGGGAUGAUGAUGGUUAUUAAAGCCAUUUUAACUGGAUACUUCAUGACGUGCGUUUAUGCUGAUGGAGUUGCAGAUGUGGUACUCACCUGCACUCUGGUGGAGGAGGGAGCUGGACUUGGUGGAAUGGGAGGCGGUCACUUCACUCGGACUCCAGCCACUCUUAUUUUACGAGAUGUUGCUGUGGGCCCCGACGAAUCACUCGAAGAACUCACUCCGUUUGUUCCUCCCUCCAUCCCUGAUCCAGACCUCCUCCUGUUUGAGGCCAAAGUAUCAUCUCCUGAGAUCCCCAAUGCAAACGUGCUGCUCCAUGCAGACUGCAAUGAGCAGGAAGUGAUGUGCGAAUUAAGUAGUUACUCUCCUCGGGGAUUCGAGGAAAACUCAGAUCGGGUCUUUUUCAUGGUGUCCCUCAGCGUGGAUGAGGUUGACUUCAGCACUGCGCUGAUUCUGGAGACGUUGAAGGUGGAGAAAGACGAGUCAACCCUGAUGCAAAGCAAGCUGGGUCUUCCUCUCAGCCAGUCAGGAACUCUGCUUACCGACUUGAUAUUUGUGGUGUUCACCCACAUAAAGUCUGUGUCUGCCCCUCUGAGAAGUGAUGUUCCCUCUGAGAAAGCGCGAACUGAAGAAACAUCAAACAAUUAUUAUUCUGUCUGUUUAGUGGAUGGUGAGAGGGCCGGCUCAAGCAUAAAUGCUGCCCAGGUUGUUGGUGAGGGUAACGCCUCUUUGACUCUGACCACGCUGAAGGUUGGAGAUGAGGGGACCUACAUCUGUACAGUCAGUCUUGGUCCUUUCCACUCCCAGCAGGUCAUUCAACUUCGCAUGAUUCAACCUCCAGAUGUUUCCCUCUCAGUGGAGAAGCUGGUUUUAAAGUCAAGUUCGUCCCAGAAAUUAAGUUGCCACAGCAGUAAAUACUACCCACUGGAUUCUCAGAUUGAGUGGUUUUCCCUCUCUCCUACGGACACAGAGCCACAGCUCUUUAAAGAUCAGGGCUCCCUGUCCAGUCAUCGGCAGCACGGUGAUGGAACGUUCACCCUGUCCUCUCACAUAGCUGUGCCUCCCACCACCGUCCCGGGAACCAAAAUCAUCUGCAAGGUCUCCCACACAGCUCUAGAAGAACCGCUCUUUGUCAGUGUGGUGGUGGAACCUCCUGAGCCUAAUUCCUAUUGGUGGAUACUGGGCUUCCUGAUCAUCACUGUACUUUUCUUCUAUCAGGUCAUGGGAUAAAUUUCACUUACAUCAUCAUGACUGGAGACUAGAAAAGUUUCUUUGUGUCAUUUUAGUGUUUAAGUUAUUUUUUUUAGGUAUUCCACUGGUUUGUUCAACUCUCCCAGCUUUCUGGAAACUGAAAAAACAAAGUAAAACUAGUCUCAGGAGGUUUAUAAAUGUGUAAUAUGUGAUCAACAGGUGUAUACUAAAAUUUAUAAAUGUGUACAAUGAUUUGUGUGUAAGUUUUGAAGACUCACAUGCUCCAGUCCACACACAAAUAGAGAGGAAUUGGAACACAUGGAAAACUAAUUUACAAAUGGAUACAUCAAACCUGAAUAAACAGAAUUUUACACAAAUUUUAAAGUUCAACUUUAUAAAUUUGAUAAUUUGUACUUUUAGAAAGCUUCCUGUAACAUUCUUUAUUCUCACGUACAGAUCUUUAAAUAUGCAUGCAUGAAUCCUCUGAUAUGCACAGUGGCGUUUUGAGACUUCACAUUGUAAUGUUCACAUAGUUCCACAAAUGUAAGCUGUGUUCAAGUGCUAAAGGAAACAACUGGAACAUCUGGGCUUCCUGUGGAUUCAUAUGUGUGUUUGUUUUAGUUGAUUUUAUUUACUGAUUACAGAUGCUAUAAAUUAGCCCAUGAAAGCCAAUAUAUGGUUUAAAUAAGCAGCUGCGACAUGCUGGAUAUUCUUCUGCUGGAGCAACAGUCUGAGUGCAGCUGCAGAUGGGAGAACAGUUGGUUACAUUGUAACCCAGGUUCUCUGAGUCGAGAAACUAUCUCUUCAGGCUGCUCAGAAAGGCACUCAAGUCAAGGUCAACUGUAAAAGCCAUGCACACGUAGUUUUUAUAUAGCCAGUAGUAUUCACAUCAUACUAUGGAUUAUGUAGGGUGGAGACACAUCUCUAUGCCUCGUCCUCUGAAGUGAAUAUGCUGACAAUUUCUUGUAUAUUUUGAUUAUAUAUGAUUAAGUUGAUAUGGAGUAACAAUCUAGGCUACUAUAUGGCAUCUGUAAUUGGUAAAUGUAUGUUUCCUAGUCGAGUGUAAUGAGCUGUUCUGUUUAUUUAUGUGUGGAUCAGAGUACCCAUUUGUGAGUACUGAAAAUUUUAAUCAUUGUGCACAUUUGUAAAUCUUAAUUUACGGUUCAUUUAUAUAUAAUUUGUAAACGUUUGGGACAAAUUUUGCUCCAUACAAAAAACUUUUUGGGGGGUGAAAGCUAUGCAUAUGGUAACUGAUUUAUUUAUGACAUAGCAGUGAAAUUUCUAUACAUGAUACAUUUUUUGUUUAUUAUUUUUAAUACCAACCUAUUUUUGCACUAUGCAAGUUUGAAGCUUGCAAUAUGCUAAAUUGCAUUAAAACCCACAGAUUACA